AUGUCAAUCGUUGAAGCCAAGGACACGAUGGGAGAUCAAGAGUUGAAGACGACCAAAAUGGAAAGUGGAGAUGCGAUUACAAAAGAUCAAGAAGUAAAUGAAAACAAAAAUCUACAAUGCCGACCCCAGGACAGAAAAGAGAAACCGUCCGGGCCACGGAUGACCAAGGCAUUUCUCAAAGACCACUGUAAGCAGAACAAACUUUACAUAACACCUUACCUGAAUGACACACUGUAUCUGCAUUUCAAAGGCUUCUCAACCAUUGAAAACUUAGAGGAGUACACAGGAUUGAAGUGCCUCUGGCUGGAGAGUAAUGGCCUUCGCCGUAUUGAGAACCUGGGAGCCCAAAGUGAUCUGCGCUGCUUGUUCCUGCAGCAAAACAUCAUAUACAAGCUGGAAAACCUUGAACCCUUGAAAAAGCUCUGCACCCUCAAUGUCUCCAACAACUACAUAACUGUCAUUGAGAAUAUCUCCUGCCUCCCUGAUCUGAGCACUCUGCAGAUUGCCCACAACAAGCUGGAGUCUGUGGGGGACAUAGAGCAUCUGAGUCAGUGUAAGGCUAUCAGUGUGCUUGAUCUGUCUCACAAUUUGUUACGUGACCCUGAGAUCCUCUCCAUACUCGAGACCAUGCCAGAUCUAAGAGUCCUCGAUCUCAUGGGAAAUGAGGUAGUGAAAAAAAUCCCCAACUACAGGAAGACCAUGAUAGUGCGCCUCAAGCAUCUCACCUUCCUUGAUGAUCGCCCAGUGUUUCCCAAAGACAGGGCAUGUGCAGAGGCGUGGGCAGCUGGGGGCCUGGAGGGGGAGCGUGAAGAGAGGGAGCAAUGGGAAACAAGAGAGAGGAGGAGAAUUCAGGACAGCCUGGACUGCAUGGCAAAGAUUCGAAUGGAUGCCAGAGAGAAACAGCGCCUCAGAGAGCUACAGGAGAAAGGUAAGCUGUUAUCAACAUCUAAAGUACACUUAGAGCUAAAAUGUGGAUUUUGGUUUUAAACAUUUCAAAAAUUCUGUUUCAAUUCAGGGGAAAUCGAGACUCCCACCAAUCUUGAGACUCCAAGUGAGGAAAAGGACGCCCAGGUUUUGACUUCUCCACAAGAAGAGAAUAUUAAAGCCUUCAUGCAAGACAGCCUUGAAGUCCAUGAAGAGUUCUCACCCAGUCAAUCAACAAAGGGGUCCUUUGAAAAUCUGCCAGACAGUGAAGAUAUAGAAGCAGUACAGUUUGGUCAAGAAUCUCAGGAAGAGGAGAUUGAUCACGAUGAAACAACUGUAAUACCACCCGGGAAAGAAACACGAGAAGAGGUGAAUCCAGAGCAGUCAGCACAAGAGCAGAAUCUGAUUGCUGCAAAUAUAUCAAAGACCGAACAAGAAGUUGAUGAAAAGCAACAGAAAAAACAAGCAUGUAGAAUCUUCUCUGAGAGAGAUGAAGAGGAAAGUGAAGCAGUAAACAUGACAGCACAGUUUGAAAAGAAACAGCCCUCUCUGGUGGGGGUCGUUGCUCCUGAACCAGAUGAUGUUGUUUCACUUUGUGGACCUGGACCUCUGGUUAGAGAGCUAGAAGACCCAGAGCAGCUCGAAACCAUUGAUCUUCCAUUACAACGCUCACUGUGUAUCGCUGACCUGCCGGAUCUAGAGGAGGUGGACACAGGAGACGUCAUUGAGGCAGUUUCCUCUCAGCGAGCAUUUAAACCCAAAAUAGAGGUCAUAACAGGAAGUACCGAUGAGGAUGAGGCAGUUGAGGAUCAGCAUGAAAGCGACCCUGCAUUGAGUAAUAAUGAAAACUCACUGUUUUUUAUGAGUGGACACAACAGAUCAACAGAUAUAUCUCAGAGUUUCUCAUCACUGGUGUAUCCAGGGGAUGAGGAUGCAUGUGAGCCCCUGAUAUCUGAGCCUGUGGGACAGCCCAGGAUGGUUGCAACUUCUCCACCACGCUGCCUGAUUGAAGAGCUGGAUUGA